CUCCCUCGUCUACAUCCUGUCUCUCCUCGCACUCUCCGUUCUCCCGCCGCUUCUGGUCUCGGAGGUCGCAGCGUUCCUCCACUUGUCCGUUCGCCUACUCGCCUGCGGCUCCGUCCACAGUACGCUACGCAAAAGCGAGGUGGCGACCGCUGUUCGCCGGAGCAUCUGAUGCUUAUGGAGCCCCAAAAUCUUGGAAACACAGACGAUCAGUUUGUCUGGCCUUGGAUGGGUGUUCUAGUUAAUGUGCCUACUGAGUGGAAGAAUGGGCGCCAAGUUGGAGAGAGUGGAAAUCGGCUUAAAGAGCAACUUUCACGCUUCUGCCCUCAGAAGGUUAUUCCUUUAUGGAGUUAUAGAGGUCACACCGGCAAUGCUAUUGUUGAGUUUGCAAAAGACUGGACUGGCUUCAAAAAUGCGCUUGCCUUUGAAAAUCAUUUUGAGGCCGAGGGAUAUGGCAAAAGGGAUUGGAAGCUGAAGUACAGUGGGUCAGAGAUGUUUGGAUGGGUUGCAAGAGCUGAUGAUCAUAGAUGCCAAGGGCCUAUAGGAGACUAUUUGCGAAAAAAUGGUGAUCUGAAAACUGUUGGUGAUCUUGAAACUGAAGGGACCCGUAAAACUGACAAGCUUGUGGCAAAUUUAGCUAGUCAGAUUGAAGUAAAGAACAAGCAUGUGCAAGAACUGGAAUCCAAGUGCAAUGAGACGACCGCAUCACUUGACAGGAUGAUGGAGCAAAGGGAGCAGAUACUCCAGAAGUAUAAUGAAGAAAUUCGCAAGAUGCAGCAAAUUGCUCGUAGGCAUUCGCAGAUGAUCAUUGAUGAUAAUAAAAAACUCCACAAAGAGUUGGAGUCCAAGAUGCAGGAACUUGACUUAAGAUCCAAGGAGCUUGAUGACAUAGCUCUGCAAAGGGAUUGUGACAGAAGAAAUCUUCAGCAAGAGAAGGAAAAGAACAAAAUUAAAACUAAGCAUCUCAUGAUGGCAACAAUGGAGCAACAGAAGGCCGACGAGAAUGUGCUUAAGCUUGUCGAAGAACAUAAGAGAGAGAAACAAGCUGCUCUAGGGAAGAUUCUCAGGUUACAACAACAAUUGGACGCCAAACAGAAGCUUGAACUGGAAGUACAAACGCUGGAAAGCAAGAUGAAAGUUAUGAUGCAUAUGCCAGGUGAUCAGGAUUCUGAGUCAAAGAAGAAGAUGGAUGAACUUGCUGAGGAGCUGAAGGAAAAGGUCGAUGAAUUGGAAGCAAUGGAGUCUCUGAACCAAACUCUGAUUAUCAAGGAAAGGAAGAGCAACGAUGAGUUGCAACACGCUCGGAAGGAGCUGAUAGAUGGCUUUAUGGAGCUUGCUGUUGUUGGCCGAGCUAACAUAGGUAUAAAGAGAAUGGGUGAGCUUGAUCUCAAAGCAUUCGGAAUUGCUUGCAAGAAAAGGUUACCAAAGGAGGAUGCAGAAGUCAUUUCUGCUACCCUUUGUUCAAAGUGGCAAGAAGAAAUUAGAAACCCAAGCUGGUACCCUUUUAAGGUUAAGGUGGUGGAUGGGAAAGAAAUGGAAAUUCUCAAAGAGGACGAUGAGAUGCUCCAGGAGCUGAAAGAAGAGCACGGUGAAGAAAUUUAUGGGUUGGUAACAAAGGCCCUGCUUGAGAUCAAUGAGUACAACCCUAGUGGCCGCUAUCCUGUACCAGAGCUGUGGAACUACAAGGAGGGCCGUAAAGCAACACUGAAGGAAGCCGUCCAGCACGUCAUGAGGCAGUGGAAGUCUCACAAGAGAAAGCGCUGAGCAAAUUGGUUGCUGGGUUCUUCUGCCUGCCCCCUAUUAACUCGAUAGUCGAUACUGGGUAGCAUUAGGUCGUAGCUUUUAAUUAACUCCUAAUGAUGAGUGGGUAACAGUGGCUGGCUAAUAUUAACGUUAAGUUGCCGGAGGUUCGGUCUGGAUUCUUUUGUUGGUAGUGUAUACGAAUGCUGUUAGUCGGUCUGGAUUCUCCUGUCGUUGCAUGGGCAUUUGUAUGUCCAGGAUAUUGACCGCUUCAUGGAUCAGCCGUCAAACUUUGGCAAAGGAGAGGCAUGAACGACCUUCCAGUUCCUCCAUGAUACGUAGACGUGAUGGGCAAUUCUUGGUUGAUAUUUGGCCGUGCAGCACCAUUGAGCGGCUAUAACUUGUACCUGAUGACUCUGGGUAUGGAUUACUACUAAACUUCCAUGUGCCUAAAAUGUGUUGCAGUUAUAAAUUAUGAUUUUGUCAAGUAGAAUCUAAUAUUUUACAAUACCGAUCAUUAUGAUCUUGCAGUCUGAUAUAAGCGCUAUUUUUUAAAAGUGUCUAACUCAAGGCUCCGAUG